UUUACAGCUUGAUCUAUUGUACUGUACUCUCUCCAGGGUGGUACUACGCCGCAGUUUCUGUACAACUGUACUGACAGAGAGAAGGAGACCAACAGAAGGAGGGAGAGAGAGAAAAGAAAGAAAGAGAGAGAAAGCAGUCAGUCUGUCAGAUUACCAGCUUCUCAGAAUUCCUCUUCUUUCUCUUAAAAAAAAAAAACAAAAGAAACAACAGCAUUGUGGGUUCUACAAGACUCUCCCUGAAGAUUAAAUACGUCAUACAUCAACAGGUGACCUGCACAAGCGCCAGGAGAGGAGUCAGAGAAGUGUGCCUGCUAUCGCCAUCAGCCAGCAGUUCUCUUUUGAACUUUUGAUAAGUACAAAAGGAAGAAAGGAAACAAAGUUUUGUGCUUGUUUUUUUUUUAAAGGACGCUCGCAAGCAUCCACCCUGAUGGCUGACAACAUGAUUGAAGAGUCUGAUUACUAUCCAGAGAAGGCUGAUUUAGAAUGGGGAUAUGAAGAAGGUGUGGAAUGGGGCCUGCUGUUCCCCGAGGCCAAUGGAGAGUACCAGUCUCCUAUAAACUUGAACUCCAGGGAGGCCCGCUAUGACCCCAGGCUCCUGGAGGUGCGACUCUCGCCAAACUACGUGGUCUGCCGCGACUGUGAGGUCAUUAACGAUGGACACACCGUGCGGAUAAUGCUAAGAUCAAAGUCAGUGGUCACUGGAGGCCCUCUUCCCAGUGACCAUGAGUAUGAGCUGCACGAGGUGCGCUUCCACUGGGGCAGGGAGAACCAGCGCGGCUCAGAGCACACCGUCAACUUCAAGGCUUUUCCCAUGGAGCUGCAUCUCAUCCACUGGAACAGCACACUAUUCAGCAGUAUUGAUGAGGCCCUGGGGAAAAGAAAUGGGAUCCUCAUUAUAGCUUUAUUUGUUCAGGUAGGGAAGGAACAUCUAGGACUGAAGGCAGUAACUGAGGUCCUUCAGGAUUUACAGUACAAGGGGAAGACUAAAACAAUACCCUGCUUUAAUCCUAACACAUUGCUCCCUGACCCCCUCCUGCGGGAUUACUGGGUGUACGAAGGCUCCCUCACCAUGCCACCCUGCAGCGAGAAUGUCACCUGGAUCCUCUACCGCUAUCCCCUGACCGUCUCACAGAUGCAGAUAGAGGAAUUUCGGAGACUAAGGUCACACGUCAAAGGGGCUGACCUCCCGGAGGGCAGUGACGGCAUGCUGGGGGACAACUUCAGGCCGACCCAGCCCCUCAGUGACAGAGUCGUCAGGGCUGCCUUCCAGUAGUCAUCGGAGAUCCUCUGCGCUAUCCUCCAUGGCUGAAUAUAGAGGAGGGGAGAGAGAGAGAGAGAGAGACAGACAGACAAUGGUUCCAUAGUGCCCUGUUGGAUGUAAAACGGGCCUCCUUGACUCGCCUCACAAAGACAGCAUUGUAUUGUUUAAAAGUAAUGUCUCCAGCUCAGACAGCUGUGGCCUGGGAGAGAGAGAGAUUCCAGGAACAUUCUCCCUCGCGACGGACGGGCUGAAGGGACUGGAAAAGCACCUACUGUAGAGAGCAGCAUCCACAUAGAUAUCCAGAGUCAUAGAUCAGAGUAUUUACUGCCUGUGGCAAGAUGCCAGGAAUAUGUAUUUUAUUACUUAAAAUGCAGUGUUGCUGUUUAGGUGUUAUGUAUCAUGUGUUCUACAUAAUGUAAUAUAGCUAGCUUUGUAAUAUAAUAAAUUAUUGUAGGAUUUAAGGCCGCACAAAUGUCGCUACUUGUAAAUGUGUUCUCCCUUGAAAAUGUGGCUUCAUUGUAAGAUUUGAACGUAGAGUGAGCGUCACAUUGAUAAGUCUCCACUACACCUGAGCAUCCUCUGACCUUUUCUUCUGUGGGGUCGUGAAUGGCACUAUUUCGAUUUUUGUCCUCUCUGUGUCCCUCCUGUUGACUGCAAGGUUCUGUGUGGUAAAUGUUUUUAUCUGUGAGAUUUACGGAGGAAGCUUUGUUGACAGGGCAGAUUUACUGCACCGUGGUCUGCCUUGAGAAAGGGGGCGGGGGGGCAGACUGAGGAAGCGCCCGAGUCCCAUGCAGGCAAACAAGAAGAUAUGUCCUGCACAGAGUCACAUCCUCCAGACCCUGGCCUUCACCUCUCGCCGGAACAGCAGGGAGGUCAUGGCAUCGUGCCGCCAUACUCCGGGACACUUGACUGGGUUUACACGUUUCCAAGGAUACUUUGUGUUGUGCAGAACCCAGCUUUGUCCUGAUGAACGUUACAAAAAGCAUCUAAUAAAAUUUCCAGUAACAUUCAAGCUAUACCCAUUAAAACAAUGUUUUCAUCUGAGUUGUGUUAAUCUUAACAGAUGUUUGUGUGUGUGUGUGCGCGCGCGCAUGCGUGUAUGUGUAACAUCAUAGAACAAUAAUACAAAGAGAGUUUUUUUGUAUCUUUUGAUUAAAAACUUUGUCAUCUCUUACAACA